UGUUCGAAGAAAAUAUUCAACCAUCUCAAUCGCAGUAAUAUGGCGCCUUGGACCAGAGUGCAAUGUCAUCGAAGAUACUUCCUCUACCUUCUGAUAUUAUCCUGGUUUUCAACAAACAUUCUUCAUCCUCGGCUCCUCAAUCCCCAAAGCCUCUUUCUAGUGCUCAGUUCUGUGAACCGCCAUCUGUGACCAGCUCUACCACUCAUAUGCUGCUUGCUGCCAAUGCCUAUAUGCUGCGAGUGGAGUAUUGUUCACGAUUAUGCUUGAUCAAACUCGAGGAUCUGAAGUCAGAUUUUAUCUCCAGUCAUAAUUUGAAGCGGGUCUGCGAUUUUCCUUGCAUACAAGUACUCGGGGUAACUUGACUCUCAAGAAAAGCCGCUCCAAC